AUGGGCUGGCUGCCCUCCAUAUUCGGCGGCGAGAAGCCCUCCGACCCGCUGGGCAAGCUCGACCCCAAGCUCCGCGAAUUCCUCGAGCGGGAAUCACCCGUCAAGUACACGCCGAACGAACCUGCUGCCACCGCUCCGCCUCCGACCACCACCACCACCACCACCCCUCCGACACAGCAGCAUGACGCGAAACCGAUAGCAGAGCCAAAGGGCAAAGAAGCCGCGGUGCCGUCGGCCAGCCUCUACCAGGACGGCCGCUAUGCGCACCUGUGGAAGAACUACCGCCCACUGGCGCAAGUCGAGUCGGAAUCGGCGACCGAUCACGACAAGCUGAUAAGCGUCCUGGAGGGCUUCAAGGAGCGCAAGGCAGCCAUUGGGCGCGCGGCGCUCGAGAACUGCGCGCUGCAGCAGGAGGAGUGGGUGAACUGCAUGAGGAACGGCAGUUGGGAGGACCAGCUGCAAAUGUGCCGGCACCAAGUCCGGAGGUUCGAACGGUGCUACACGAUGCAAUCAAGAUUCUUGAGAGCACUCGGAUACGGCUCCGUGCUAGGCCGGCCAGCACAAGUCGACGAAGACAUCCAGAUGCACGCCGACACGCUCUUCCAGCGAAUGCUCAAACACGAAGCAGCCGUCGAGCAGGCGAAGAAGGACGGCACGCCCAUACCCGUAUUCAACCCCACGCUACCCAGCGCGAGCGCGCAGACCGCCAUGCCGACAGAGGAGGUGGAGAAGCAGUGGAAGGAGAAGCUGGGCCAGCUGCCCGAGGACGAGCGGGCGCUGGAGGAAGCUGCGCUGCGGGCUGACCUGCAGGCCAAGACGGACGUGGCGCAGAGCGUCAAGCAGAUCUGGGCGGCGCAAAAGGAGGAGAGGGAAUCAAGAAAGGCCGAGGGACAGGCGACGUUCAUGGACACUGUGACAUCUCUCUUUGGAAAGGGGGGCAAAUGA